AUGGCAGGGGUUUUUCAAAAAAUAUUCUACCCGGGAAUUGCCCCUUUUCUGCAGUCCAAGGUACUGGCACUGCCACUUCCGGAGAAGGUCAAGAGCUUUAUAGUUCAUCCUGCCGGACCAUUCACCAUUCAUUUUUAUGCUCCAACUUUCAAGUGGGCUAUUUCAAUUGCCAAUUUGUCAGACAUUAAUAGACCAACUGAACUAAUUUCACUUCCUCAGCAAAUAGCCGUUGCCGCUACUGGCCUGAUCUGGUCCCGCUACAGUACUGUGAUUACACCUGUAAACUACAAUUUGCUUUCUGUCAACGCUGCAAUGGCUGUAACUGGCAUUUAUCAAAUCAGUAGAAUCUGCCGUGAUAGGCUAAGCCCUCCCCAGAAGAAUUAA